GGUAUGAGUGUCGGGGCUUGUGGUCGCAAUUUGAGGAACCCGUUUAGCUCCGAAAAAACGUGAUUUGACAAGAUAAGCAUAAAAGAAAAUUUUGGGGCGGCGUGUGUGAGGGAUUUGUUGAUCACGGGAUCGAAUGUUUAGCUCCUUAAACUGAAGCGUGAAGGUCGUGUCACUCACUUUUCUGAGCUGUCAUCUUCCCUCAGCGUGUUGCCUCAGUCUCAGUGUCUUCGGCGCUUUUAUCAGGCGAGAGUGAAACGCGCGCGCGGUUUAGCUCGUGGAACCCCGUCCACGAGCGGCGCUUUAACUACCGCUCACGGGCAGCGCGGGGCGCCGAGGGCCAAGCGGCGGCUAUCUGAUCUCGACACAUGUGUUCUGUCAGCUAACACCUCGCUCUCAGCGGGAGAAUAAUAGUGGUUUACAAUUAAACACAGCCGAGGUUUUCGAGAGCAGCUCGCUGGAACUUCUCUGUUAGUCAGUCGUUCACCCUGGAGCCUUGGAUCAUUGAUCUGUUUUCGAGAGAUAUUAAUUAUUUUCCUUUCAAUUGCGUCUUCCAUUGGGCCCCGGGGUUCCAGAGCGGACAUGCCGCCUGACAUCCUCAAUUUCAAGAAGGGAUGGAUGUCAAAACUGGAUGAAGAUGGAGAGUGGAGGAAGCACUGGUUUGUGCUGACGGAUGAUGGCCUCAGGUAUUAUCGGGACGCCAAGGCUGAGGAGAAGGAUGACCUGGAUGGAGAGAUUGACCUGACAACCUGUGUUGGGGUGUCUGAGUUUGACGUGGAGAAAAACUAUGGCUUUCAGAUACAGACGCUGGAAGCCGUGUUCACCCUGUCGGCCAUGACCUCAGGCAUCAGGAGGAACUGGGUGGAGGUGCUGAGUAAGAGCGUGCUUCCCAGCAGGGCCCCAGAUGUCCCACAAGUGUUAGAGAGCGGAAGCAGCAAAGAGAGCUGUCUGUCCUCUGAAGCUGCACCACAUCGCCCCUCCCCCCAACGUGGCCACAAUGACUCAGGAUCGGAAGCUGUAAUCUCCACUUCCACCCAACGUGAACUGGACUAUGUGGAGCUUACCCUAGUGGCAGCCGCACCCAUUGAAGCGCAGCUUGCUCAAACCCGAGAUGCUGAAGAGGAUGCCGGCAGGGAGCAUGUGAGGCGGCUCGAGGACAGGACUCGCUGGUUUGAGGCAGGGCUCUCAACGAAAGAACCUCCACUGGGCAGCAGCCCAUGGGAUGCUGUGCUGCUGAAGAAGGGGGUUGACCCUGCCUCACUGAUGGAGGCGGAGCUUGAUAGGAAGUGGGCGGAGUUUGAGAGACUGCCCUUACAGGAGACGAGAUCGUUGCGUCUGAUGGGUGUCCGAGCAGGCCAGCCAGCCAGUGAGGCACUACAGAGGGAGAUGGCAUCCCUGAGAGUACAAGUAGAACAGCUGCAACGAGGAAGUGGAGCUCAUUGUGGCCCCGAGGCCCCCUGUGGCCGCAGCCUGGAGGCGAUGGAGAAGGCCCAUAGGGAGGCGUUGGAGGAGCUUCAAAGGCAGCAUGUGAGGGAGGUCAGGGAGCUGCAGGGAGAGAGAGACCGACUACUACGUGAAGAGAGCCAGGCCACUGUACAGGCCAUGGAGGUGCUAAAGAAGGCUCUUAAGGAGGAGCUGGAGGAGGAGGUGGCAAGAGCCAAGAGGCUGUGUGGAGGGAUGACUGACCCACAGGCCUUGCAGACGCACUGUGAGACGCAGACCCUACAGAGGGAGUUGGACCGCCUGUCAGAACAGUACUCUCAGAAAUGUCUGGAGCUGAGCAGGGCCCAGAAAAGCAUUGAGGAGCGGGAACAGGAGAUCAGCAGCAGAGUGAUGGAAGUGGAGCAGCUGAAGAAGGAGAACCAGGAACUGCAGACUCGUCUGGUGGAGGAGAUCAGUCACAUGCGCUCCUUUAUCACAGGUGAAGGGUCAGAAGAUGGCCACCAUGGCAACCGUGAACGCAGUUCCUGUGAACUGGAGGUGCUGCUGCGAGUUAAGGAGAAUGAAGUGCAGUAUUUACACAAGGAGAUUGGCUGCCUGAGGGAUGAGCUGCAUUCUCUCAACAAGGAGAAGCGGCUGGCCUGCGAGCGCUUCAAGGAGCUGUCCGUGGAGCUGAGCGUGGUGAAGAGCCGCAACGAGCAGGAGAUCAAGGCCCUUCGGGAGCACCUGAAGCUCACUACAGCUGCCCUGAAGGAGGCGCAGCAGCUGAGGAACAUCCUGCCCCACUGAGAUACAGAUUGGUCCCAAUUCUUCUCCUGGUUCUCCUUGAAAAGCAGAAAGUUCAGAUGUCUGCAUGUUCCUCAUGACGGCGGCACCGCUUAUAUGGUCUCAGUGCCUUUGGUGCUGUUGGAACAGACGUACCUCAAGAUCCACUUAGGCGGCUCAAAUAUGUCAAGGACUGGUUUUGCGCACACUCGUUGCAGAAAACUGGUUUCUGCUCCAUUUUUCCACUAUGGGGGAGUUCAGUUUUUAUUUCACUAAGCUUGUGGCAAGACAUGAGUAUACUGAGAUCUGUUUAAAGUAGACUUCGAGUUGGUGUGAAAAUGUGGAAAAUGUGACUGGAUGCUUUAGCGGUGGGAGAACACCACGACCACAAAUAAGUGUGCGUAAGCGAUUCUGGUGCCUCCAGUGCUACGUCUUGUGUCAUUGUUUUGUGGUGUCUUUCCAAUUUGGAUUUCCCAGUAUUCACGUUUGAGGUAUGCAUGUCUUGUGUUUGCUAUGCAGGACUAAUAUAGUUGAUCACAAGUGGAUUCACUCAGUCCCUGUAAGAGGGUGAAUUUUGGAUUAACAUUCCAUUUGCCUUAAAGUUUAAAACACAAUUUUGUCAAUGGAAACUAACAAUUUAAGGGCUGACUUUUUGUUACGCAAGUUAUUUAAAUUAACUUUCCAAAGCUAAAUAGGUUGCAGUUAUUGUGUAUAUUGUAUGGUUAAUCUUUUCUCAUUUCAGGCUGAUGUACAGUACUGUGCAAAAGUUUUAGGCAACUGGGGGGAAAAAAGCUGUAAAGUAUGAAUGAUUCCAAAAAUUAUGCUCUUAAUUAAUAAACUUCCUACAAAGCUUAGCAACCGCCCAUCGUCAACAACCACUUUCAAUAUUUAAGUGCCUAAGACUUUUGCACAUUACUGUAAAUGCAUAAGAUGUACAAAUUUUAGUGCUCGCUUCAUUCGAUAAUGACAGUAAGUUCAGUUCAUAGAUAUUCACACAUACUGCAGUUCAAGUUUGGCCAACAAUUAGUUCAGUUUUUAAUUCAGUUAUUUAUAUUUUAUACAAAUACUUUUUUAAUGUUGGAAGUUUGAAUUCUUUGAUUUUAACCAAUAAGGGAU